CAGACAUUCAAGGCUCUGUUAUUCAAAACGCUAAUGGUAUCGCUGUUGCUCGCUGUGGACUUGCUUUUCCGCUCUAAGCCCGAGCUCACGUCCCUCGCUCACGUGGCCACAACCGUGUCCGUCUUCCUGGACUCUUCAGUCGAGCUACCACUUAAUGAAGCGUGCAAACUGGAGUCUGUGGAGCUACUCCAGCGCAUCUGGGAUAGUUGUGAAAUUUGCACGAACGAUGGUAAUAUUUCGGACGGAAGAUGGACAUUACGCAGAUAUCUGCGCAGCGAUCCUCACUACAGGCAAUUUAUUUUCUCUGAUUCGCUGAAUGAGGCCAUGUAUCGCGGCAAUUUGGAGAUUGGCAAGUGGCUCUUGGACCACUUUAAGGAAUGCCGCGUAGAAGUUGAUCGCGCUCUGGGGGACGUUCCGGGCGAAAAUAUGAUGAAGAUUUUGCAAUUUUUACACGAAAAUAACACGGACCGACCAAGACGCAGACGAAUUCAUUAUUUUAAUUUGAAUGAGCCAAAUAAUGAACCAAGCGAGCGACCCAACCCACGGAUGAAGUGGGGAGGCUUUACUAUGGUAUAUGCAGCCCAGAGUCGUCGCCACGACGCCGUGUGGUGGCUCAAUCAUCACUAUCCUGAUGUUUGGUACAACUUGGAAGUUGCAACGGAGGCAGCAUUGAGACAUGGGGACAUUCACUUGGCUGAGCAGUUCAUAGAGAACGGUUCUAACUGGCCUACUGAGGGCAACGUGGCGGACGAGGCUGCAGAGAAGGGGAACCUUCCAGUCUUGCAAUGGCUACUUAAGCAGGUAGAGUUUGAAGAAGUCGUAGGAUUAGUGGUCAAGGCCGCUGGGAACGGCCACCUUCAAGUCGUUCGUUGGCUGAUUGAUCACAGUGGGGGGCAGCGCAUUGACGAGGUUCGCUUUGCAAUUCACACAACAGCCAUCCAUGGACACCUUCACGUCGCGAAAUUCUUACGUGAAAAAGAAAAGAAAUCUACUUCGAGGCCACGAUCCUCUGCUGUUCAGCCCCGAGUAGCGGCCUGGGAGCAUGGAACGUGGAGGGAAGCUGCGGUGGUAUCAGCACAAACCAUGAUCGGAGCUGCAAGAAAUGGCCACCUUGACGUAGUUAAGUGGCUUUAUUCGGAGUAUGGCGUCGAUUUGUUUGAUUCCAAAACGAAAAUCAAGAACGGUGUUCUAGUUACUGCAAUGGAUGCUGCAGCUGGUAACGGGCAUCUCGAUGUUCUGAAGUAUUUUCAUGGACUCGACAUUACUACCUCUCUGAAUGGGAACGCACGUAAAAGAAAGCGACCCAGCAAUCAAACAGGGCCGCCAUGCUCGCAAAAAGCAAUGGACAAGGCCGCAGCGAAUGGCUCUUUGAAUGUUGUGCAGUGGCUACAUCAAAAUAGACAAGAGGGCUGUUCGACUGACGCGAUGGAUGCUGCAGCAACGGGUAGGCACUUGGAAAUGGUCAAAUGGCUACAUAACGAACGCUCAGAAGGAUGUACAUCGGCUGCUAUGGAUGGCGCUGCUACAAAUGGACAUCUCGAGGUGGUCAAGUGGCUUCACAACAAUGUAAACGUUGGUUGCACGACUGAAGCUAUGGAUGGAGCAGCUGCAAAUGGUCACCUUGGUAUCGCUAAGUGGCUUCAUUCCAAUCGCUCGGAGGGAUGCACGACCAAGGCGAUGGAUAGCGCUGCUGCUCGGGGUUCGUUGGGUAUCGUCAAGUGGUUGCACAGAAAUCGAGAUGAGGCCUGCACCAAGUGAAAAAACACCGCCUGGGAGUUGCUCGAUGGCUACACUCUCACCGGCCAGAAGGCUGCUCUUGUUCUGCUCUUGAUGCUGUUGCAAAGGAAGGUCAUUUUGAGUGCCUCUUAUUUCUGCACUCUCAAUUCAAGCUUAAGUGCACCGAAAAAACAGCUUUGCUGACUCGCAACAAUGGUACCCCGGAGAUUCAUGCUUGGAUCCUUGAAAACUAUCCGGAAUUACGAGCCGUGGUGGAGAAUGUGGAAGACGAAGAGGAUUAACAGGCGAUUGCUGGUUACCGUCGUCUACCAUUGGCAGUAAAAAAGAUUGGAAAAUUCAAUAGGCAAUCACUCUAAUUAGGUGGACCCUGACUAAUAAUGGUUUUUUAGAUUGGAUCGCAAAAUGUAAGCCCGUUUUGUGAAAACUACCGGUCCAAAUAGCAAAUCACAAUACUGGAACAAAGGUAUCGUCGAGAUCUGUCCA